UGUUUUAGGUGUCUAGCUUGGCUUGGUACGUGCUGCGUUUAUAUGUACAGACACUCAAUGAAUCGUUAUAUUCUAGGCCAAGAAGCAAAAGAUUGGAAAAUAGGAUCGUGCUUUAAGAAACAGAAAUUGAGGGUUGUUUCUGCAAAAAAAAUCUAAUCCUAUCCCUACCACGGUACCGCCCCCAACCCAAUCCCAGCCGCCGCCGUUCCUUCCUCCGCCUCCUCCCCUUUUCUCGCUCCUUCUCGCGCUACCCAGCGAACAGCCGCCGCUUCCAGUCAUCCUCUUUGUAUGAGCGGCCACCGUCGGCGCAUCGUCUUCCCGCCGUCGCCGCACCAUCGUUUCGCCGUCGAUUUGCUGUCGCCAUACCCAUGUGGCUGCCAUCGCUGCAUCCAUCAACAGGGAGGUCCCGGCCUCCUCGCCGGCAGGUCGUGCUGAGCGGAGGCGAGGGGAAACCGGCGGCCGCCCCUCCUCCUGCACCCGGCACCGUGACGGCGAUGGUGGCGCGGAUCGACUCAAGAAACCGGCGGGGGCCGUAUGAGCGCGGGAGGCUGUUGAGGAGGGCAGCGACCCGAUUUGGAGAGGGAGCAGCCCGGUCGGUGCCAUUGGCGUCGUCAGAUUUGGUGCUGUCGUGCCCCUUGCGGCGUGCCGGCGCGUCAUCCGUCUCUGGAAAUCGGGGAGAAGAUUUGCAUGGGUUAGAUCGCAAUUUCAAAGGUUCUUGAUUGUUUUUCUUAAUAAGUGCAAGAGCUGCUGAUGUGAUUUGGCAGCUCUGAUCGGUUCUGUGGGUAGUUGUUCGUUGUUAUUAUUGCUGCUUUAGGAGAUUUCGGAUUUCAGUUAGUGUUCUUGGUGGUAGCCAGUGUGAUCUCUCUUAUUGCUGAUCGUCUGUCGUUCCUGUCCCCGUCGUUCUUUCGUCGAAGACUCGAAGACAUGUCAGAUCAGGGUUUAAAUAGAGUGCGCAGAGUUCGUGCUAGCCGGGAAAGGCGAGCUACAAAUAUUCUAUCUCGACAGCUUCCCAUGCACAUAGAACAUACCAUAGUAGAACCAGUUCAGUCUACAUGUGGAAAUGAGCGGAAAAGAGCACGUUCGAUUAUGAAUUUCACACUUGAGUUAUCUAAGUUAAAUAGACAACGACGUUCUUUGCUACGCUCAAAGAUGCCUCCUCUUGCUCCUACGUGCACUAACAAUGUUCUCAAUGCACACAAUAGUGGUAGCUCAUCACGGACAGAUAAGGAGUACGUGAAGUCACUAAAGGGUCUGCACCCCUACUAUACAUACAAUAGUCUUUUUUUUAUUUCCAAACAUAAAUUCUUACUUUGUUCACUGCGUAUAUUACAGCAUGUUACCCGGGCAGAUCAUACUACGGUCCUCCAACAUAUGAGUGCCCAUAUUGUGGUGCCAUGUUUUGGUAUCAGGAAAGAGUGAAAAGCACUUCAGCUAUUUCCAAGCGAAAAAUAAUCUAUAACUUGUGUUGCAAAGGUGGUAAAAUACAAUUGCCCAAAUUGCGCCCUCCCCCUGAACCACUUGCGACAUUAAUAAAUUUUAAUGGCAAUGCACGAUCAAAGAGAUUUUUGAGGUAGAUACGAUCAUAUAACUCGAUGUUUGCUUUCACUUCAAUGGGUGCAAGCAUCGACAAAUCAAUUAAUAUUGGAAAUGCGCCUUAUGUUUUCAAGAUUAAUGGUGUUGUCCAUCAUAGGAUUGGUUGUCUUUUGCCAUCUCAUGGUUCACCUCCAAAAUUUGCACAGUUAUAUAUUUAUGAUCCUGAAAAUGAAACACAGAUCAGACUAAAUAUUUUUGAAAAUGAUGGAGAUAAUGCAGAUAGAGCUGAUCCUAAAAUAGUUGCUGCCCUUUCAUUGAUGCUUGAUAGUGAAAAUAGCCUUGUGCAGAACUUUAGGUAUGCUAGAGAACGAAUUUCUGAACAUGGCAACCAACAGCUAACUCUUCGUCUCUUAGGCUGCAAUGCGAAAGAUGAUGUGCAAUACAAUUUACCAACAAGUGGUGAAAUAUCUGGCAUAAUAGUUGGUGAUUUCUCAGCAAAAAAGUACAAAUUUGAUGUGCUUGUCUAUGAUAAAGACCAUGGAUUACACCAGGUUUCGCCACUGCAUCCAUCAUAUAUGGCCCUGCAAUAUCCUUUAUUAUUUCCAUACGGUGAACGAGGAUUCCAUUUAGGCAUUAAGUAUAAUAAUUAUGAUGGAAUUGGAAGAAAAUAUGUGACAAUGCAGGAAUUUUUUAGAUACAGAAUGCACUAUAGACUAAAUGAACCAAAUCCUUUCACAUGCUAUGGACGACUAAGCGAUCAAAUCGAUGUUGAUGUGUUUUCUACUAUUGAGGCUAAUAGGUUACAAUUUUUCAUUGACCACCAACCUGAGUUACGAGCUGAGUCUGUAGAUGGAAUUGUAGAUGCAAUCGAUAGAGGUGUCACCGAUGGAGAUUCAGUUGGCAAGCGCAUGAUACUUCCUGCCAGCUUCACUGGAGGAAGGACAUAUAUGGUAAUGAAUUAUCAAGAUGCAAUGGCAAUAUGUCGUGUGUACGGCUCACCCGAUCUCUUUGUGACGUACACAUGUAAUUCUAAAUGGCAAGAAAUUGCUGAAGCAAUUCGAUUUGAACCUGAUCAACAACCAUCUGAUAGAGCUGAUAUCAUUGUGCGCGUAUUUAAUAUGAAAGUUAAUGAAUUCAUAACUGACAUUAGAGAAGGCAGAACUUUUGGUAAAGUUCUUGCAGAUAUUUUUGCUCCUUCCUAUUUCAUAUAGUAUUCCUUAAACGUAGAAGUAUGUGAUUACUUAUUAUUUAAAAUUAUUCCAGUACUCUACACCGUUGAGUUCCAAAAGCGUGGACUCCCACACAUACAUUGCUUGGUAUGGCUUGCAGCACCCACCGCUGAGAUAUUAGCAUCGGUAAUAGAUGGUUUUAUUUGUGCUGAAAUACCAGACUAUGAUACUGAUCGACUAGCAUAUGAAUUGGUUAGUGAAUUCAUGAUGCAUGGUCCGUGUGGAGAUGCGAACAAAAGUUGUGCUUGCAUGAAAAAUAAUAAAUGCUCAAAAAAUUAUCCAAAAGAUUUUCAGGAUGAAACCAUUAUUGAUGAGGCUGGCUUUACAAUUUAUAGACGACGAAAUGAUCGACGACAUAUUAUAAAAAAUGGAAUUCCAUUGGACAACAGAUCGGUUGUUCCUUACAACAUGAAGCUGCUUAAAACAUAUCAAGCACACAUAAAUGUUGAGUGGUGUAAUAAAUCAAAUUUGAUAAAAUAUUUAUUUAAAUAUAUCACAAAGGGUCAAGAUCGUGCUAGAAUCUAUUUUGAGACAACCGGUAAAACAACAAAUGCAUCACCAAAUCAUGACCUUGCACCGCGAGAUGAAAUAUUAGAAUAUAUGGAUGGUAGGUUCCUUUCUACAUGUGAGUCUCUUCAUCGACUAUUUGAGUUUGAUAUACAUUAUAGAAUGCCACCUGUUGAGCGAUUAGUUGUACAUUUGCCUGGCAAAAAUUAUGUUAGAUAUGAGAAAGGGUCUGAUUUACGAGCAGUCCUAGAGAGUCCUGCUGCAAAAAGUUCGAUGCUAACUGAAUGGUUUGAAGCGAAUAAAAAAUAUCCUAAGGCUCAUUCAUUGACAUACUGCGAAUUUCCAAAAGAAUGGACAUGGGAGCCAUCAUCUAGAGUGUGGCGCCCACGAACUCCUGCUCCAAACAUUGGUAGAAUUUACUAUGUGCAUCCAACUGCUGGUGAGCUUUACUACUUGCGAAUGCUACUGAUGAUUGUUAGAGGUGCCCAAAGUUAUGUUGAUGUGCGAACAUACAAUGGCAUUGUUUAUUCCACAUAUAGAGAGGCCUGUGAGGCACAAGGGCUCCUCGAAGGAGACAAUGAAUGGUACCUGCUUUUUGAUGAGGCAAUACUAACUGCAUCAUCGCAACAGCUUAGACAACUUUUUGUAACCAUCCUUCUUUAUUGCUCAGUUAUAGAUGUGCGCUCAUUAUUUGACAAGUACUAGAUACACAUGACACAUGAUAUUCAUAAUAGACUGAAAAAAGCGCUAGAUAAUCCUCACUGCAUAAUUCCACAGGAUCACUUGCUUAACCUUCUAUUACAUGAGCUUGCUACUGUAUUUGCAAAAAGUGGUGGCGACAUAAAGGAUUUUAACUUGCCACACCCAACCUCCAUUGCACAUAUCGCUGGUGGUAACAGAUUAAUUGAUGAGGAACUUACAAUUGAUCCACUUAUGCUAAGCAUGCAUGCAGAUUCUUUGAUAACACAAUUGAAUACUGAGCAAAAACAUAUUUUUGAUGUUAUAUCUUCUCGUGUUGCUCAUAAUCAACCUGGUUUCUUCUUUGUGUGUGGCCAUGGGGGAACCGGCAAAACAUUUCUAUGGAAUGCUAUCAUUGCAAAACUUAGAUCACAAAAUAAACUUGUGCUUGCUGUAGCGUCAUCAGGGGUGGCAUCUUUACUGCUACCUAGAGGUAGGACAGCUCACUCACGAUUUAAAAUACCCAUUGAUAUUGAUGAGACAAGCAUUUGUAACAUUAAACGAGGAAGUAUGCUUGCUGAACUUUUAAUUGAAGCUUCGCUUAUUAUAUGGGAUGAGGCUCCGAUGACACAUAGGCGAUGUUUUGAAGCGUUGGAUCGGACUUUACGUGAUAUCCUUUCUCAAACGUGUGCUACAAAUUCUAUUAUACCUUUUGGAGGAAAACCCGUCGUUCUAGGUGGUGAUUUCAGACAGAUAUUGCCAGUUGUUCCUAAAGGUUCCCGCCAUGCUAUAGUCAAUGCAUCAAUCACAAAUUCAGAUCUAUGGAAACAUGUAACAGUCUUAACGAUGAAUAUAAAUAUGAGACUACUUAACACAAACCUAGAGCAAAAGCAAAAAGAUGAGCUGCAUGAUUUUAGUAAGUGGGUUUUAGCUAUUGGUAAUGGCACACUACCUAUGACCACGAAGGAAGGUGAAAGCUAUCCAUCAUGGAUCGAAAUUCCUCAUGACUUACUUAUUAUAACUGAUGGUGAUAAAAUAUCUGCUAUUGUGAAUGAAGUGUAUUGUGAUUUUCUUGCAUCAUACAUGAAUCCUGAAUACUUAGCUUCUCGUGCAAUUGUUUGUCCUAACAAUGCUACAGUAGAUGAAAUAAAUGACUAUGUUAUUGGUUUAGUACCAAGAGAAGCAAGGAUAUACCUAAGCUGCGAUACAAUAUCAAAGUGCUCUGAACAAAUUCCAGAUUUUGACUUGCUAUAUCCACCUGAGUUUCUUAAUUCAAUAAAUGUUGCAAACUUCCCUACACAUAGACUUAUCCUCAAAGAAGGUGUUGUUGUCAUGUUGCUCAGAAAUCUAAACCAAUCAAUUGGUCUCUGCAAUGGAACAAGACUAUUAAUUGUUGCUUUAGGUGAUAGAAUUCUUCAAUGCAUUAUACUCACUGGCUCAAACAUUGGUGAUACUGUUUACAUACCUCGAAUAACACUGAGUACUACUAAAAUGAAAUGGCCUUUUACAUUGCAAAGGAGACAAUUCCCUAUUCGAGUUUGCUAUGCAAUGACCAUCAAUAAAAGUCAAGGACAAACACUACAACGAGUUGGUGUGUACCUUAGAAAACCUGUUUUUACACAUGGCCAGUUGUAUGUUGCAAUUUCAAGAGCUACAAGUCGAUCAGGUCUAAAAAUAUUAAUUGAGAACGACGAUGGUUCAUGCGGAAACCAUACAAGGAAUAUUGUUUACAGUGAAAUACUCACUGCUACAUUUCCAGCGGCUCCGCCGUUGCAUACUUAGCUAUUUUGGCCUAAACAGGGACAAAUUUUGUACAAACAUUUUGGAAUAAAUAUAUGUCUUCAGCAGCUAUCAUGUGCUAUAUACCCGCUGCAAUAUUCCCCUCUUAAUAUUAUAUAUUCCAAAUGGCG